GAUAACUGAUUAAUAUUCAUUAAUUUGCUACCCACGGACUCGGAAACCAGAUGCCAUAAAAACACGACCAUGGUGUACUGAGUUGAGACACAUUUGCUCGUGUUUGUUUCAUGUUAACAAAUCUAUCCAUCGAUUACUCAGCUGUGGUUUGAAUGGGAUGAACAAAGCUGUAAACACAGCUCUUGAAGGCUUUAUCUGCCCUGCAUGUUUGGUCGACUUUCCGAGUGCAUCGAAGCUUCAAGACCACUGGUUGAAGUUUCAUUCGCCCAAAGUCACCGCCAGCGGAACUGAUCGCGUUUCUGAUGAUUACGAAUCUAUACCAGAUGAUUCUUCACCGGAUUUUGCUCCUCAGGAGAGUAAAGAUCAUAACUCCUGUGAUCAUGUUUUCAAGUCUGACUUGUUAGCUGUACUGGAGAAAUGUGGCUUUUGUGGUCAAGAGAUUGAUAGCUUUGGGAAAAUAUGUGAAGGUUGUAAUUUCCAUUGCCAUGACAAGUGUGAAAAGAUGGUCAAAGAGCAGUGCUCAAGACAAAGUUCUGUCAAAUCAACACAUAGUAAAUUCAAGACAUUGCCUGAUGAAGUGGAUGUGGGGAAAAGAUCGCGGCUACCAUCACCACCCAAAAGCCUUGUGACAAACAUCUGCUAUCACAUGCGGCACAGAGUUUCCAAGAACAGAGUGCGGCAUGUGGAUGAACAUUUUGAUCUGGACAUGACGUACAUAACAGACAGAAUAAUCGCAAUGUCAUUUCCAGCCUCUGGCUUGGAAACAACAUACAGAAAUAACCUCAGAGAGGUUGCAAAAAUGUUACAGACAAAUCACGGAGACAAAUUCAUGGUUUUUAAUUUAUCUGAAAGGAGAUAUGACAUAUCCAAAUUGAAUCAUCAGGUUUUAGAUUUUGGUUGGCCUGAUCACUUAGCCCCACCUCUUGAAAGAUUGUGUAGUAUAAUUAAAUCAAUUGAUUCAUGGCUCAAGAGUGAUCCCUUGCAUGUGGUAGUUGUCCAUUGCAAGGGAGGGAAAGGAAGAACUGGAGUUGUUAUUGCUGCGUACAUGCACUUCAGUAAGAUAUGUUCAAGCCCUCAAGCUGCUUUAGACUGGUUUGCCAUGAAAAGAUUUUAUGAUGACAGUUUGGGGGGAGUCACACAGCCAUCACAGAGAAGAUAUGUGCACUACUUUAGUGAUUAUUUGGAUGGAAAAGUCAAACUGAACACGGAUCCCAUAUUUCUUCAUCAUAUUAUUGUUCAUGGAAUACCAAGUUUUGAUACCAAAGAUGGCUGUAAGCCAUUUCUUCGAGUAUAUGACGGGCUAAAACUCAUUUACACCUCAGGAGUUUAUCACGUGACGCCAGAUAUGGAAAGAAUUUGUAUCACCAUUGAAGGAGGUCUUAUACUGCAUGGAGAUGUCUUGAUCAAGUGUUAUCACAAGAACACUCUUUCGUCCGGUCGUGAUAUCAUUUUUAGAUGUCAGUUUCACACUGGCGCCGUUAGGGAUUAUGGCCUCGAGUUGGACAAGACUGAAUUAGAUGAUGCUUGUAAAGAUAGAAGAUUUCCAGACGGAUGUAAAGUAGAAUUUGUCUUUUCUGCUACGGGAAACUUUGUAUCAGAUAUCAAAAUCAACGAGAGAUUACGCUCGAUUAUUAGACAUUCGCUACAUCCAGUGGAGAAUCCUGACACUGUUCUUUACCCACUGGCUCUGGAUAACUGGUAUGACAGCACUACGGAUGGUGCGGUUUCAUCAGCAGCAGGUGCAAGUAAUGCGAAAGAAGAUUACCACAGCAAGUCUGAUAAAACAGAGCAAGAUAGUGCAGGAAAAGGAGACUCUGACGCUCUGAAACGUCCCCCUGAGUACGUACCUGGUCCGGUGAAUGGCCACUUGUACGCCCAAGUGGACAAAGCACUCAAGAAGAAAGUGCGAUCCAUGAGCUUGGAUAGUGGUGCCCGGUCAAGAGGAGCGGAACAGUUGAACUUCUUUGAAAACAGAGCAAACACUUUGAAUCGAAAAAAAGCGUACGGAUUUAGAAGCAAAGAAAAUGAGGAUUUUGGACUGACACAACCCAGUCUUCAGCACAACAAUAGCAGCAAAAUGCAGCAUUCGAGUGAGGACGGCCGGAAUAGGGAGAUGAAAUCGUUUGAUAGGCUUCUGCAAGAGCUGGGGGAAUGUUCAGAAAUUUUGGAUUCAACUUUACGACAGGCUGGAUCCGGGUCGAGAGGCGUGCAGUCAUCAGGUAUUCCUGUGGUCAACGGAGGAUCGAGGUCUGUUAUUCCUCCUGGUCCUCCUGUGCGCCAAAAGGCGAGUUUUGAAGUUGGUGAGCGUUACAGUAGGAGUGGCUUAUUAGGAGAACCGCUGCUUCCAAAUGGGAUCAGUGCUGUAAGGUACAACCAAAGUAACGGACCCUCUUUUGGAGCAACGCAUACACGAGUCCCUAUCAAACCGCCGCCAUAUUCACAAAAUAGCUCGUGGAAUGGCAAUGUUAAAACUGGGCAGAUGUCGAAUGGAUAUUCUGACGGGGAGGCGCUUUCGGUUGUCUUACACGACGCGCCUUUGUCUAAAGUGUCACCUGCCAUGUCUCCAACGUCGCCAACAUUUUUCGCCACCACUGAAAUAAUGCCAAGGACGUUAAAAGCUAAAACAGUUUCUCAUACCACUGUGGGAUACAACUUUGUUCCAAACAGCGGUGACCAUGUUGACGGUGCUGGUAGGAAUGAAGAUGUUUCCGUCGCCAGCCAAAGGACGACUUCUAGUCUUGGUCAGCAGACACGAGGUCCUAAAACCUUUGAUUUCAAUAACAAUGAUGAUAAACUAGCCGACGUCGAAGACUUUUUCGAUUUAGAAGGGCGAAAAACGAUCCAGGAUUCUGAAACGCUGCCAGAGAGGGGAAAUGUGCGUUCGAAAAUCGCCCUCCUUAGCGAUAUGCUCCAACCUGAUAAUGUGCGUCCUCCGCCACAUCAAAAUAUCAAGGGCCAUAUAAUCCCCAUGCCUGGCCUUGCUUGCUUGUCAGCGACAGAAGUGUCCAAAGAAAUUUCGAAUUACAACGCCAAGUCCUUGGCACCAGGGGAAAUAAGCCACUCGUCAGGAACUUUGUACAUCAGUGGCGCCCCGCCUAAGAGGAUUGUCGAACAAACCAAGCACGUGGCCGAGCCACCCAAAGAGACAGAUCUAACUGGGUUCAAAGAGUCGCGUUUACCUCCUGCGCAUGAGUUUCUCGUUCACAAGACAGACUUCAUGGAUCAUCACCAUGUACUUGAGAAGUCUCCUCCCAGCAGUAUUGACGGUAUAAGUUUGGAUGAAGGUGUCGACUCCAAAGGAUCUAUCGAUGAACCGACCAAUCUAGGAACCUCACCAUCUGCCAGCAGUGAUGGUCACACGGACUCAGCUUUUGGCGAAUCAAUCGUCAGUACCUCGUCAGUCUCCACGCCCGUUGCUGGUCGUUCGUCAAACCGGUUUAAUCCGGUAGCAAUCACGACAAUGAACCAAGAGGGAGAGGCUGUAACUGAUCUGGUCAGUCAACAAUCGAGUUCCAGUAAUCUCCUGGAAAGUGCUGCAGUCCAUUUGCAAGAAGCACGGGAAGACGAAGAAGCUGGAUACGCGAGACUGGAGGAUAUACGGUCCGCUAAGAAGACACAGAAGAGUCCUAGAGAUGGUGUUACCACGGAGACUCAGACCACCCUAGAGGAGACAAGCACAUCGGCCACUCCUGUAGUUGAACCAAUUGUGGAACAGAUACAAAUCACCAAAACAGCUAGUGACGUUGAAGCCAUUAAAGACAUUUUAUCAGAGAUGGCAGACUUGGGUAGCAUCAACGAGCCACAGCUUCCCCAACUUAGUCACCCUAGUACACCACAGAGCGUCAGGAGUGAAGGUCCAAACGGAAAGGGUAGGAGUCCUUUGCUGUCUGAUGGAUCUGGGUCCUUUGAAAAUGCUGUACAGCGAAAGAAAUCUCAUCCUGUCUCAGAUAAAGGCUACGGGUCUACCAACAGUGUAUCGUCUGGUUCAUCGAAUGACAAUGUGUUCCUUCCGGAAAGCCCGAAAAUUCCAGGAUUAAAAUUUGACAGAGACACUUCAGUGUUUUGGUAUAAACCAACCAUUUCAAGGACUGAUGCAAACGAUAUCCUAAAAGACUCAGAACCGGGCUCUUUUAUCAUCCGGGAUAGUCAGUCCUUCCCAGGAGCCUUUGGUUUAGCUGUGAAGGUCGCCGUGCCUCCUGCGCAUGUCCUUCAGGGACUUCAAGGAGACCUUACAAAAGUUGAUCUCGACAAUGAACUUGUUCGGCACUUUCUCAUUGAAACAACCAAGAAGGGCGUUAGGUUGAAAGGCUACAACGAUGAACCCAUUUUUGGCAGUUUGGCUGCUUUUGUGUAUCAACAUUCCAUCACUCCCUUGGCUCUACCAAUCAGACUUAAAAUGCCCGCUCAUGACCUCCUAGCUGGAGAUAAGGACCAGUCUCUUGACAAGGAGGACGGUCAAAACUGGCCCAAAGGCGCUGUUGGUUCCCUAAUGUAUCUCGGAAAGUGCGAGGUGGAAAUGUUAACUGGUGCCAGCGCUAUACAGCGAACUGUGGAAUUUCUGUCAACAGAAGAGGCUGCCAAGAAAUUCACGACAGUUAGCUUUAAGGUCACACCAGACGGAAUGACUGUUACAGAUACUGAACGAAAAGUUUUCUUCAGGCAGCAUUUCCACAUGAAGUCAAUUCUCUAUUGCGGUAUAGAUCCCAGCGAUAAAAGAUCAUUCGGUCUAGUGAUGCGAAAAACUGGAGGAGUACACAAUGAGUGUCAUUUAUUUGGAGAAAUUUGUAAGGACUGGCCAGCCAGCAUCCUCGUUAAUAUACUUAACAGGUCCAUGAAUUCGUCGACGUAACGCAGCACAAAGUAAUGUAAAACAACGCCUAGUAUAUCAGCGGAAUGUAACGGUUACGGAGAGAGGAGUCAGUUAUAUGUAAUAUCAGAUGUCGGAGGUUAAGUAAGAGAAGUUUCAAAGAAUGGUUAAAUAUGACUCGGAAACAAAGACAAGAAAAACGCUGCAAACUUUUCCGAAUUGGAAAACAAUUGCACGUCGAGUUUAUAUCGAACUAGUUACAUGGUGGACCCUGAUCAUCAACGGAAGCUUUCGGAAGUCUUCGCCACCACUUUGUCGUAUCCGGACAAUCAUCGUACUUCCGUUCUGCGUAAUCUUCCAGGGAAUAUCACUGGGAUGUAAAGGAGAUAAAAGGACUAAGUUAAUUACACAUGAAUAGAUAGAUUUUUGAUAAUGGUAAUCUUGAAUUACGAGAAAUGAAUAGAAUUUUAUAUAUUAUAUAUUUACAUAUACUGUUAUGUAUGAAUUAAUGCCAAAUUGGCUCAAGGUACAUGUAAUCUCCUUCUUGGGGAACAAAUAAGCCUAAAAAAAUCUAAUUAUAUACAGUUAAACUACGAGAAGAAAUUCUCCUGUAAUUCAUAAGGUAAGAGAAGAGAAUGAUAACGAGAAUGAUCUGCGCGUAAACUGGAAACGAAAAAGGGGAGAAUGGGCGGAUUAUUUUUUUAUUUUCGUUCGCUAAUUUUUUCUUUCUUUCCUUUUUUUUUUUUUUCCUAUUCCACCUUUACCUUUUUAGGUCUUUUGAUUUAUUGGAAAGGUCAAUCUGAGAAAGGUGAACUGCUUAUGGCUUAAUGUAUAGUAAAAGUUUGCCGCGUAGAGCGAAGUCCGCCCGUUAGAAUUUUUUUCGUUUGAAGGGAUUUGUUAAUGAAGAAACUAAUCGCCGGUAUAAAUUUAUUUGUAGGCGUAAAUGAGGUCAUUUUGAAGGGUUCCAGCAUGUAUCUCUUGGUUUUAAAUGCGUUAUGUUUUCUUUGGAAACGAGGAAACGUCGAGGUCGUUGCCAAGCCAUGAUAUCCAAAGUGAGCGUUAGAGCGAAGUAGAAAACCUUGGGUGUAGCUUGUUUUAGUUGAAAUUUAGACGAGUGCAGCGAGUGAUGUAAAUAUGUUUUUUUGCCCUAUUACAGCUCUUUAAUGCGCUGGUCAGUCAGCUUUAAACACAUAACAAGCUAAAUACGCUUAUUUCCAUUUUGUGCAUUGAAAUUCGAUGGUUGUUGAUGCUCUUUUCGAUCUCCUUCACGGAACGCGCCUCAUACGCGUUUCAGUCAAAGUGCGAAAGUGAUACUCUACUUCUAUGUUGGACAACUUGUAAGACAACUUUAAUAAUAGAAAAAAAAUCAGUAACUUCUCAUUGAAUACCUUACUGAAUUCCUCUAUGUUUUUUUGUUAUAUUUUUCGCAAGAAAUCCCAGAAAACCUCGAUGAUUUUAUGGGAAGUUCUCCAUGGGGUGAUGUCCAUUUAAUUUCUUUCCCUUAAAUUUAACGGAAAUAUUUUUACGGUAAACUUUUCUCACGACUAUCGGUUAAAAUUUGCCGUUUCUUUUUACCUUUAAAGGCUAACGUUAAACCCCGUCGAGGCCCUCCUGCGGCACUCUUAGUGCUUGGCUUCUGUAUUUGUCACAAUUACAAGUUUUUAAAGUGUUUUAAAGGUUAACGUUUCUAAGUAAAGAAUUCAUAUUAUUUUCAUAUUUUAGAAACGAGUGUAGAAAUGGCAUUCUCUCCUUAAGUAAAGUUUUGUAAAGAAUUUCAGGAUUUUGAACCAAGGGUUUUAAUUUCAUACUUAUAUCUUCUUUUGAACAGAGAAAAUAUUAAAGUGGUCUAGUACCGAAUAUUUUAAUUAUCA